GGGCGGGGCAAUGACGGUUGGCUGGAGGCUCGCGGCAGAGCUGGGUCCGAAUUUCCAGUCAAAGCGCGAGGUGGCUGGCGGCGGCGGACCGAUGGUCCGGCCAAGAAAAUAGCCAUUCACACCAGAAAAGGCGUGUUAUGCCGACGCAAAGAGAAGGAGAAAUGUUAAAAGAGGAAUGAAAGACACUGAUUAUUAGAUGCGAUCCCCCCUACCCUCCCCACAACUAUCAUUUAACACUCGCUGAGGGGGGGCAGCGCCUCCAUUUCCAUGCCAAACAUGGCGGCUGGCAGCCGCGGCGGCCGAGUCGGCUUCUUCCUGGGCGCCUGCUGCUGCUGCCUGCUGCUGCGGGGCUGCGAGGCGACGGCGGAGGGGGAGGAGGCGGGCACGGUCAUCAUCGGUCUGCGGCUGGAGGACACGGACGACGUGACGAGCAUGGGGGGAGGCGUGGUGCGGGUGAGCGAGCGCACCCGGGUCCGGCUGCGGCUCUACGGCCGCCACAUCGACAACAGCACCUGGAGCCGCAUCGGCUUCACAGAGCACCGGCGCACGGCGGCCGACCGCGCCUUCGACCCGUGCGGCGUGCGCACCUCCGACAUCGUAGUGCUGCCCGGCGUGGCGGUGAGCCGCCGCAGUACCGGGGUCAUCGAGAUGGAGAUCAAGCCGCUGCGCAAGACGGAGAAGACCAAAGCCUAUUACCUGUGCACGGCGGCGGGCCGGGCGCCCGAGCCGGGCGACUGGCUCUACCACGACGCUGAAGACACCAUGGUAGUGGUGGUGGAGGAGAGGAAGUUCCUGCUGCCCUUCUGGCUGCAGGUCAUCUUCAUCUCGGUGCUACUCUGCCUGUCGGGCAUGUUCAGCGGCCUCAACCUGGGCUUGAUGGCUCUCGACCCCAUGGAGCUGCGCAUCGUCCAGAACUGCGGCACCGACAAGGAGAAGAACUACGCCAAGCGUAUCGAGCCGGUGCGGCGCCAGGGCAACUACCUGCUGUGCUCGCUGUUACUGGGCAACGUGCUGGUCAACACGACCCUCACCAUCCUGCUGGACGACAUCGCCGGCUCGGGCGUGGUGGCCGUGGCCGUCUCCACCGUAGGCAUCGUCAUCUUCGGCGAGAUCGUGCCCCAGGCUAUCUGCUCCCGGCACGGCUUGGCGGUGGGCGCCAACACCAUCGCUCUCACCAAGUUCUUCAUGCUGCUCACCUUCCCUGCCUCGUACCCGGUUAGCCGGCUGCUCGACGUAAUCCUGGGUCAGGAGAUCGGCACCGUGUACAACCGCGAGAAGCUGCUGGAGAUGCUGCGGGUCACCGACCCUUACAACGACCUGGUCAAGGAGGAACUGAACAUCAUCCAGGGCGCUUUGGAGCUCAGGACUAAGACGGUGGAGGAUGUGAUGACCCCGCUGCGGGACUGCUUCAUGAUCGCCUGCGAGGCGAUCUUGGAUUUCAACACUAUGUCCGAGAUCAUGGAAAGCGGUUACACCAGGAUCCCCGUCUACGAGGGCGAGCGGUCAAACAUUGUCGACUUGCUCUUUGUCAAGGACCUGGCCUUCGUGGACCCCGAUGACUGCACACCUUUGAAGACCAUCACCAAAUUUUACAACCAUCCCUUACAUUUCGUUUUUAACGACACUAAGUUGGAUGCGAUGCUGGAAGAAUUUAAAAAAGGUAAAUCUCAUCUGGCAAUAGUACAGAGAGUGAACAAUGAAGGAGAAGGGGAUCCAUUUUACGAGGUGCUUGGAAUUGUCACACUAGAGGAUGUAAUUGAAGAAAUUAUCAAAUCAGAAAUCCUGGAUGAGACUGAUUUAUAUACGGAUAACAGAACCAAAAAGAAAAUUACACAUCGUGAAAGAAAACAAGAUUUCUCUGCCUUCAAACCAACAGACAGUGAAAUGAAGGUCAAAAUCUCACCACAGCUACUAUUAGCAACACAUCGUUUUCUAGCAACAGAAGUGGAGCCAUUCAGUCCAACACAGAUGUCAGAGAAGAUCUUGCUGAGGCUGCUCAAGCAUCCUAAUGUCAUUCAGGAGAUGAAAUUUGAUGAGAGAAACAAAAAAGCCCCAGAACAUUAUCUCUUCCAUCGGAACAAACCUGUGGACUAUUUUAUUCUAGUUUUGCAGGGAAAAGUGGAGGUGGAAGCUGGGAAAGAAGUAAUGAAGUUUGAAGCAGGCGCCUUCUCUUACUACGGCAUGAUGGCUCUCACGUCCUCUCCAGUUCCCUUGUCUCUGUCCCGUACUUUUGCUGUCAGCAGAACAGAAUCAUUGGCUGGCUCACCAGAUAAUCGUUCUCCACCUCGAACAUGUGGCUUAAACCAUUCUGAUUCACUGAACCGGGGCGAUCGGAUUGAUUCAAUAGCAUCGCAGAUAGGGAGUAACAACAGUCAACUAAAUUCAUUGCUACAAAUGUAUGUUCCAGACUAUUCAGUGCGUGCUCUGACUGACUUACAAUUUGUAAAGAUUACAAGACAGCAUUAUCAGAAUGCCCUGAUGGCAUCCAUCAUGGAUAAAACUCCACAGUCGUCAGACAGUGAAAACACUAAGAUUGAAUUGACUUUAAAUGAGAUGCAUGAUCACUUACCUGAUGAAACAGCAAAUCUACUCAAUGAGCAGAAUUGUGUGACUCACAAGUCAAAUCAUAGCAUGCACAAUGAAGGCAAAAUAUAGCAUAGUGACAGAGCUGCUCACUAGCUUACUGUUCGGAGAACUGCUGUGUUGUGUAUGCAGGCACAUGCAAGCACACAUGUCCACUGUCAUGAGACCAAAGAGAUGUGCCUCGGCACAAGAAGGUGAACGAAGAAUGACAGAGGUGGUUGAGUUGAACACUAUAAACAACUGCCAAGAUUCAGACAGAUCCUCUGCACACUGGUGGCUUGUUAUCCUUCUUUAUUUUCAUGUUUUCUUUUGAUUUUCCUUGCACAAAAGGAGAAUGGUAAAUGUUGGAAAGUAGUAUAAAGCACCACAUUCUGGCUGGGAAGAGAAAUGUGUAUUUUUUUAAAUGACGACCCAUUGAGAUUAAGUGUGAGACUAAAAUUUGUUUUAAAUUAUGGCGUGUGAUUUAUGAUGGUCAUUGAAGGUGAAUGUUCGGAAUUUUGAAAAUGCUUCCAUUUCUCCAGCUUAAUUUAGUAGGUGUUUGACAUUUUAAACAUCCGUUGCAUUAAAUGGGAUGUUACUGCAUAUUCUAUCCCAAAAGAGUUGGGGUUGCUGGGCAUUUAAAUUGUAACUUGAAAAUGGAAACUUGAUUCCACAUUUGCACAAAACAUCAUUGACUUAAUUGAUUUCAACACUUGUAUGCAAACUGUGAAUAACACUCCAAUAUAUAUGGACUCUAGAAUUCCUUUGGAAGAUAUAGUCAUGUCUACAUAGCAGGUAAAUAUGCCAAAUCCACCAAUGGACGAAUGUAAAAAAAAAAGGGUUUUUCACAAUUGAGAAACAAGGCUGUAACUGUAAGUGUUCUUAUGGCAGAUAGACUAUCAUUACAUAUUGUUUAAUCAAUCAAAUUUGCAAGUAAAUUGCAGUUUGUAUUAUAUUGUACAAAACUGACUCUGAGGUGAAGUAUUCUGACUACAGUAUUCAUAACUAUGUAUAUAUUAAGCACAAAAAAUCUAUGGAUGAAGUGUAAGUUUCAUAAAAUUGUCAGUUAAAUGACAUUUAUAAUUAACAAUGGUAAAGACUUUGUAGAUUACAGACUAUUUAUUUUGUAUAUGAUUUAUUUGUAUAUUUUGUGAUUUCAUUGUUUUGUUUAUUCUGAUUCUAUCAUUCCAUUUGGUUAAAAUGGUUUUAUUCUAAAUGAUUUUUCAUUCCACUUUGUCCUUUGUGUUAUUUCUCAGUUCAGUAUGCAUUACGGUUUUGUUUUUUCAUAUUGAGUGCCUCUUCACUCUCUCUGUCUCGGUUUCCUUAGAGCAGGUACAACCUGUGCAAUCAUUAAUGGGGCUAAUUAUGGAAAUGGAAAACGAUUAACUUGGCCUGGAGUUGGUUAAUGGAGUUUCUCAUUUUAUACUUCAAAAGUGAAUAACUUUAAUAAAGAAAUGAUUCAUAAUUAAA